UACAGAGCGGCUGUGGCAGGGCGGGCUGUGUUUGAGUGUGUUGGUGUGUGUGAGAGUAGGCGAAGGCGCUGCAGGGUGAAACAGGGUUUAUUUAGUGAGUAGAAAUGCUCUGCUGAUCGGAGGUAAAUCAGGUCACCAUGGCGACUGCUGCCAAAACGCCUCCAGGUGCUGACCCGAAGCAGCUGGAGCGCACCGGGACGGUCCGGGAGAUCGGGGCGCAGGCGGUGUGGUCACUGUCCUCCUGCAAACCUGGGUUUGGAGUUGAUCAGCUGAGGGAUGAUAAUCUGGAGACCUACUGGCAAUCAGACGGCUCUCAGCCUCACCUAGUCAAUAUACAGUUCAGGAGGAAAACCACAGUGAAGAUGCUGUGCAUUUACGCUGAUUAUAAAUCUGAUGAGAGCUACACCCCCAGCAAGAUCUCAGUCAGGGUGGGAAACAACUUCCACAAUCUGCUGGAGAUCAGGCAGCUGGAGAUGGUCGAGCCCAGUGGUUGGAUCCACAUCCCUCUUUUGGACCUGGUCAACAACCCCAUCAGGACGUUCAUGAUCCAGAUCGCUGUGCUGGCCAACCACCAGAAUGGGCGUGACACGCACAUGCGCCAGAUCAAAGUCUACACGCCUGUGGAGGAGAGCUCCAUCGGCAAGUUUCCGAGGUGCACCACCGUGGACUUCAUGAUGUACCGCACCAUCAGGUGACCAGAGCUGAGGGCCCUCACACACAGCGUGAAAUGUGGAUUCCAGUGUGGGAAUGACAUCUCCUGGACUGAUGUUCGUUCUGGACUCUGAUCCUGUAUGGUCCUUCUGAAACUGAGGAACACAGUGCAAAAUAACUUAGAAGCUGUUUUUUGUUUGGAGGAAUGAUGAUCAAAGUGAAUUAUUUGUACAGAUAAUAAAGUUGUUUUGUUACAAAUGA